UAAAUUUCUCUUCUGUCAGCACCUCCAGCGGCGGAAGGGAGUCCGGCUUCUCUUUUCUCCCGACCGACCAGCAACGAGCUCACUCCUCCCACCGCCAGCAUGCGUCAUCCAUUUCAGUGCAUCGUGCAUGGUCGAGACCCCACCGACCUCACCAGCAAUGGCUUCUUGGUCGCUGCCUGUGGGCCGAAGCUGAUCUCGCUGAGCCUGACCUCCAACGAGAUCAUUUCCGAAUGGCCUCAGACGCAACAGGAAGAAGACGCCCCUGCCGAGGUCAUCAACGAAGUCGAGAAUGGCGAGCGUCCGACCAAGAGACAAAAGACGAGCAGCGAUACUCCGAAAUUGCCAACCAAGGCUCCCAAUGUGAUCAAGCUCACUGUCACUCCAAAUCAACGCUAUGUGGUAGCAGUGACAGACGACAAGUUUGUACGCGUGUUUGAAGCUCCCGAAGGACGCCUCACCGAGAUCAGCUCCAGGCCAAUGCCCAAGCGACCAUGUGCUAUCCAGGUCCCUCCAGACAACGAAACGAUCCUCGUGGCAGACAAGUUCGGCGAUGUCUAUUCCAUGCCUCUGAUAGCGGCGACGGUAGACGACGUACAGACCGAGGAGCGAGCACUCAAUCCUCCCACCGAGACCCCUUUCAAGAUUUCUGCAAGCGAAUCAACUGUACAUUCUCAACGGAAUCGCAAGGCGUUGGCCGCCCAGAUGAAUCAGAAAAAUUUCACGCCACGAAAGGAAGUGCUCAAGUUCGAACAUAAGCUCGAGCUGGGCCACGUCUCGAUGCUGACAGAUAUGAAAUAUCUUACACGGGAAAUCGAUGGCCGACAAAGAGGCUACAUCCUGACUGCCGACAGAGACGAGCAUAUCCGCAUCUCGAGAGGGCCACCCCAGGCGCAUAUCAUCGAAGGCUUCUGUCUAGGACACAAGGAAUUUGUGAGCAAGAUCUGCCAAGUGGGAACUAGUGAUCUUCUUGUUAGUGGCGGCGGUGACGAUUGGCUAGGUGUCUGGAACUGGGAGUCGUUCAAGCUGCUGAAGAAGGUCGACCUGAAAGCUCUUGUCAAGGGUGUCACUGGAGAUGCUGAGGCGAAAUGCGCUGUCUCGGGCAUCUGGAGCUUUGACGUGCAGACAGGGCAAGGGACCGACUGGGUUAUUGCCGUGGCGUGCGAGAGAGUCCCAGCCCUCUUCCUGAUCUCACGUCCAGCAUUGGAAUCGACACCUCAGGAAGCCUUGGAGGACAGCGAAGUGGCUUCCACCACCUUGUCUCUACCGGCGAUACCACUCGACGUAACAGCGCUUGGCGACCAUCUACUCGUAUCUCUCGACGCUCGUGCUGACGGGUCCAAGCGUUUGGGCACCGUCCUCUGCAGCGUGCACGAUUCUCCCGAACUGCCAGUGCGUUGCGGCUCGUGGAAGCCGAUCGCGGAGACCUUCAACCUGGACUUGCUCAACGAGCACCCAUCACUCACGACAGACGCCAGCGAGAAAGAAUUGGACGACUUUUUGUAUACUGUAGCGAACUUGCGAAAACGAAGAGAUCAGGAAGCACAGGACGAGCCAGAGCAGGACUGACAAAAUUGGCUUAUUAUUGGAUAUCAAUAUCAAAAACUCCGCCCAACGCCUUGCGCUUGCCCGGGUAUCUCAAAAACAAUCAAGAACCGCUCCAAGACUGAACACAACAAACUCUUACUGCAGCCUGUCGUGCAGCAUUCACCUCCCGUUCAGCAGCCAUGGAAUGAACCUCUCGA